GUUUUCCUCCUCCUACUCCUCCCCGGUCACUUUCUUCAACCUGUCUUUUCCACCUCCGGAAACGGAAGUGCGUGAAGUGAUCAGAGGAUUUCGAAACGUAGAACGUGAAAAUGUAAAUUCACAAGAAAAAUGAAUAGCGGAUUAUUUUACAUCUAAAACGGGGCUCUAUCCGCAACCUAUUACUUUCCAACAUCGAAUAAAAUAAUUUAUCGUCGUUUCAGAUAAAUAAGUAUUACCGAUUUAAAGUUCAAAUCCGAUUAGUCCGAAGUAAAGAAUAUUUCUCAAAAUGGUUUGCUGUCGACUGAUAGUGGAAGAUCGAAGAAUAAAGAAACCCUUUUUGGGCGGAUGGCGACACAAACGCAUCAAUGUAAAAUAUUUAAACGCCGAGUCGCAGACAGGACCACGGAAAAUGCCACCGAAGGACACGUGCAGUAGAAUGGUGCAAUACAUUUGGAUGACCGACGCAGUUACUCAAACACCGUGCGAUCAUCCCACGCAGAUGUGGCGGCCAGAUUGUUUCAUAUCAAGCGAAUCGGACAAGUACUUGACGUCAAAGCCCUAUGAAACGUAUGAAGAGAUGAUGCAACGGUUGGACCACGACGGGAAAGCUAGAAUUAUUCAAAGGAACUACAGAAUAUACAAAUUGCUAAAGCACGUAAAAGAGUACGCAAGACAGUAUCGAGAACUGGUUGACGAUUGCAGAAAGUAUGAGGAAGAAACAGAGAUGAUGUACAAGAGGCGACAUCAAUUAGAGAUUCUUAGGCGUACCAAUCCGAAAUCACGGCUGGAUUUUGACAUGCUGUACGACCUGGUGGAACAAUGGCGACGCGAUCGCCUCAGCUGCGCUAAACAACGUUUCUUCAGGGCAGCUGUAUGCGCAGAGAAUUAUAUGAUUCUGGACAAAACCGUGGAGAUGUUGAAUGUAAUAGAUCAGAAGAGACGAGCUGUGAUGACACGUUACAGAAACCGAAAGCGCGCCAAGUUCCUGACGGUCAACUGCAAGUCGGUGACGUGGCACGGUUAUAAGGGUAAACUGGUGGAGAUGGUCACCACUAGGAACCAAAAGGCGCGGGAGUUGAAGAUGAUGUACGAUUCCUUGACGAAUUAUAGCGUCACGCAAGGGGAACGUAUGGAGGUAUUGACGAUGCUGAAGAAAUCGUUGGAGGUGCACAACUGCGUCGCCGCGUUUCACUUGAUUCGUCUUCUGGAUGAAGAACUAGACUACUUGGCGAGAGGAAUUGCGAAGGAUAUGUCGCUGCACUUCUUCAGGAAAAGAAUAGCUUAUAGUUAUUUGUACUUCAUACGGUCGUCGCAUUCGUGCUGUUGUCAGAACGACGAUGAAAAUUUCUGUAAAAACGUGGACGACGAAAAGCUGCGGGAACCCAUCGCAGCUAAGACGAGAAUGUGCAACAGUUGUCGUAAGCUGCUUCCAUACAGCAAGUUCACGGUCCAUGGAAGAAUGACAAGACUGCAUACUUGCAUUGCCUGCACCUGGUUGCGCGAGCGAAACACCAGGCACGUGAACUACGACCCUUAUGUUCAUCUUUUGAACUGCGUUCGCUCUGACGAGAAAGCGAAAGAUUCUCUGUCAACGGUCGCAUUCGUGAUACAAAAGUACGAUAUGUACCAUCUGGUGAACAACAUUUGGCACGGUCACUCGGUUGUCAGCGAGAACAGGGAUCUGUUUCUUUUAAAGAUGAUUCGUUACGAUGUAAACAAGGAAUGGUCACCGUGGAAUUGCAUCCUUCUGACUGCAGAAGAAGCUGAGAUCCAUUGCAGGAUCGAAGAUCUCGCGACUGUGUACUCGAAAACCCUGAUAGAGCAAAUUCUAUUGUCUCACCAGUUAGCGAAAAAUCAUUUCAAGCACUUGAGAAAGUUCGAGAACAAGUUCCGAGAAACGUUUCAGAAUAUUGAAGACAAAUUGGUGUACGAGCCGGCAAUUAAAGUGGCCGAUUAUAAUUUCACGUAACGCGAUGCGUGCCUCGCAAACCACACGUGUUCUAAAUAGUUGAAUACGACGUCUAAAAUCUUUAAAAAUUGUCUUUCGUUCAUGUGCAGAUAUUAAAUGUGAACAAUACAUGAAACGACCAUCAUUUACCUCUUAUUUUCCUUUCAAUUUUUAUUAUUCAGUGGCACUGAACAAGUUCAGAGGUUUAGUAUGGGUGUGUAGUUUAAUAUUAGUGGCGCCAUCGGUGGGAAAACACCCAAGUGUGUAGUGAAAAUAGGUCACACUAUUGCUAGUAGAUGGCGUCACUAACUAAAAGGUCGGUAAUUAAUACUGAAUUUAAUAACUAUUCAUAAAAAUGAUUAUUGA